AUGUGUUUGAGAUACAGAAAUCCACAAAACAUCUACGAUGUGUUGCAACCUCUGCUAGCAUGUUCGAAAGUGUUUGGGCAAACUGCAUUUCUGAUUGUAGGCGUUCCGCCGUAUGUGCAGGUGAAAGUUAGCCGUGCCGAGUAUGUAGCGCUGUUGAUGAACUUGUUGGUGAAUUGUUUUUGUGUGUACAUAAAUAUAACCAACCAACGAUUAUCUCGAUUGACGGGAUCAGUCGUAAUGGACAUGGGGCUCAGUUUUUUAUUCCCAUUGGGAGCUAUCUUCAUGAUAUUGCUGGCUCUCGAUAACUUCCUGAGACGCAAUUUAACCUGCACAAUCAUAGCCGAAUUGUUUAAGGUGGAUCGGUCGUUGCAGCGGAAGAGCUACAAACUGAACCACAGGCGACAAUAUGUGGUGCUGAUGCGGAUUCUAAUCAUGCUGAUUGGACUCAUUGCGAGUGGGACGGUGUUUUCGCUUGUGAUGACCUUUUUUUCUGAAUUUUCGAUCCGAAAUCAUGCGAUCAAUGCUUUUUCCUACGUCGUCACUGGUGUUCAGUUUAUGAUAGUGAAUUUUCAUUUUGUAUCUGCUGCUCGAUUGAUUACCUAUCGGCUGGAAGCGAUAAAAGGCUGCCUGAAGAAACAUUUGGACGCUGGGUCUUGGUGGAUCGAGCAAAGGCAUCGCUGGGGACGACGGGUGGAGCCGAUCGAUGUCAUUGCUGAUCUUGCUGAAGAUUUCGCCACGUUGGCGCACGUUAUUGAACGAGCCAAUCGAAUCUAUUCGAAUCAGAUCGUUGCAUUAAUCAGUGGUGUAGCAAUGUUUAGCAUCUUUGUGAUAUAUGCCAGUUCUUACAGUUAUUACGUUGGAAGUAUGCAAGAGUCGCGGUUGACGUUGAUUCUAUUAUCAGCUUGGGUGUUUUACAUCAUUAUGGUUGGACUGAUAUUCUUCUCGGGAAUGGGUGUGAAAAAUAUGGGUAUUGCUAUUGCGGAUUUGUUGCAUGAAGCUCUGCAUCGAGAAGACGAUUUACCCACCAGGCGGAAGCUAAUCUGUUUCUCUCAGCAAGUUCUUUUACGUCCGCCCAAACUACGAUGCAUGUUUUAUGAAUAUAAUUGGAAAACGUUGUUUAGUUUGUUCGGGAUAGUCGUUACCUAUCUUGUCAUACUGUUACAGUUUGACAAAAUUUCCAGCGACUCAUCGUACGACAGAAAUGUGCCUGCGUCAUGA